AUGGCUCGCUCGGGAAAACGCUGGGGUCAGGCUCGCAGCAAGAAGAAGGGCACGUUCAACCCGGACGACACCCGCCGCGUGAAGCACACCCGCAUCGGCGUAUGGGACCUCUACGAGGAGCAGAACCCGGAUUUUGAGCACAUACCUGGGUCAAGCUGGCUAGAAAAGCUGCUUGAGGCGUAUGCGUGUCUUCCGUACCUGCUGCGCAUGCUCCGCGACAUCCUGUCCAUCCGGAGCUGCUGGUUCCUGCUUGUGUCGUACCUCGCGGCCGACUUUCUGCAUUCUUUGCUACCCGCUGCGUCAUUAUGGUAUUCUGGACAACUGAUCACUAUACUACAAACCGCGAUAGAGACACGUACAGUCGACAAAAACCAGCUAUUCCACAUCUGUGGUGGCCGCAUCGCAUGCACGCUCGGGCGACGAUUGCUCAACCACGCACUACAGGAGCUCCGCGGACCACUCUCCCGACGUCUCAAGCAACAAUACUCUCUGCACCUCUUUCACGCGCGGGCACGAUUGGACCUCCCGACGUUCGAGGACCCUAUGGUCCAGCGGCAACUCGAGGAAGCAUCCUCGACCUCGGGCAGCAUAGCCUGGGACACGCUCGUCAUGGCGUCCGGUAUCGUGUCGACGUCCAUCCAGGUCGUCUCCCAGGUGACCGUGCUUACGCAGGUGCUGGGGGCUCAGCAAGACGGGUUCCUGCUCGCCGUCCUGAGCUUCUCGGCGUCGCUGAGCGAGUGGGUCACGCGCUGGACAGUGCUUGCAAAUGGACAAGUGUGGGCUGCGACGACAAAGGAUAAGGACUACAUCCGCAUGGUCGGCUUGAAGCACGUCGUAAACAACACCGAGCACCGGAAAGAGCUGAUCGCAGGCAACCUGUCCGAGUUCAUGACAUCAGAGUUCAAGGAGAUCUCUGAGCGUGUCGGGCCCGACAACGCAGUCGACUUCAUGGAAAUGAGGCGCAUCUCGCGCGGCCGCCAGCGCUUCGGCUUCCUUACCUUCGUCCAGGAUCCCCUUCGCGAGCUCCCGCAGAUCGUGUUCACGCUGCGCGCCGUGCAAUAUCCAGCUUCGAUGCCGGUCUCGCUAGCGUCACUGAACCUGCUCCAGCAGACGACGUCGCAGUUCUCGUACACCCUCUGGCGCUUCUUCGAGCAGACCGGCUCCGUCACGGAGCAGCUCGCGACUGUGCGUAGGCUGUAUAAUGUCGGUCAGAUCCCGAACCGCAUACCCGACGGGAAGGUGCCGUUCCCUGAAGACGCGAAGAAGAUCCAGCAUGGAGUCGCGCUCGAGUUCCGGAACGUCUCGUUCAAAUAUCCCGGAUCCGACCAGUACGCCCUGCGCGACGUCUCUUUCAAACUUUCCGCUGGGCAACUGUGCGUCAUCGUCGGCGCGAACGGCUCUGGGAAGAGCACCAUCCUCAAACUCGUCGCGCGCCUAUACGACGCGGAGGAGGGCCAGAUCCUCCUCGAUGGGCACGACAUCCGCACACUCAGGCUUUACGACCUCCGCCAAGCCAUCUCCGUCCUCUUCCAAGACUACACGCACUUCCCCCUCUCAAUCCGCGACAACAUCGCGCUCGGCGACCCCGCGCACUUCCGUGACGACGACCGCGUGCGGCGCGCGGCCGAGCUCGGCGGCGCAGCUGAGUUCGUGGGACGCCUCCCCGAGGCCUUCGACACGUACCUCGAGCGCCCCGUGCGCGACUACUUCUCGGGCAUCCCGGAGGGCACGACGUCGCUGUUCGGGCGGAAUAUCGACUACUCGGGCGUUCGCGGCGCCGGCGGGAUGUCUGCGCGCAGUGGGCCGACGUUGAGUGGGGGGCAAAUGCAGAGGCUUGCCGUGUCGCGGACCUUUAUGAGGUCUGUGGUGUCUGAGGACGCGAAGGUCGGUCUGCUUCUGUUCGACGAGCCGAGCGCAUCGCUCGAUCCAACGGCGGAGCAUGAUCUCUUCGCACGACUGCGCGAGCUCCGAGGAAACAAGACGAUGGUGUUCUCGUCUCAUCGCUUCGGUAACCUCACGCGACACGCGGACCUCAUAUUAUAUAUGAACGACUCUGUCGUCGUCGAGGCGGGGACGCAUGACGAGCUGCUGAAGCGGCAAGGGGAAUACGCCCGCUUGUGGAUGCUGCAAGCGCAGGCCUUCCUAUGAGGUAGGGAGCCGUCAUGGCCUACGAGGUGCCCUAUCAUAUAUUACUUGAAUUAGAAUUUACCAUGUUGUCAGCC